CACCGGAGUGACGGACCGCUUCAGGACAACGGCUGUGUUUGGCACCGUGGGACAUCUCUGUUCGAUGCUACAUUGAGCAGUAAUUAAGCAGCAGAUUAUCAGCGGUGUCUGUCAGUGCUGUUAUACAGACACCUUCAUCAGUUCAGAGCUCACUGACUAGUGACAAACUACAAUAAGGAGUGGAUGGAUGUUGCUGUUCUGGAGGAGCCUGCAUUGAGGUAAGUCAAAAGCUUUUACUCAUUUAUGGAACUAGUUUUCGACACAUCAUAGAUUGGAGGGAAAACACGUUAUUGUAAUUUUCUGUUUAUUACUCAUUUAUAUAUUUAUUGGCCAUUUAUUAAACUAGCAUCAAUGAAGACGCUGGCACGGUAUGGAACAUCAUUCCAUAGGGCUUUUAGAGGAUAUGAUGACGGAUAAAAUGUGAUCAUUAUUUUAAUUUCAGAUUUUACUGACCGCAGUGAGGCAACCGUCGCGUGAGCCAGAACUGGGAAAGAGGACAUUGGGUACGAGGCACCGGGAGACAGGCAGCAGAUAUGAUGACGGAUAUCUCCGGUCCGGAGUUUGAGAUCGACGUGGAGAGUCUGGAGACCGAGAGCGACGACCAGGACCAGCCGCACUACAGCUCCUCUCUGCCCGGCGCAGCGUACGACGAGCCGGGGGCCAAGGAAGAUGACAAGCCACCGGGGACCACCAGCCCCGGGUCCGGUGAACCGAGGAAGCUGAGCCGGACGCCGAAGUGUGCCCGCUGCAGGAACCACGGCGUGGUGUCGUGUCUGAAGGGGCAUAAACGGUUCUGCCGCUGGAGGGACUGCCAGUGUGCCAACUGUCUGCUGGUGGUGGAGAGACAGCGGGUCAUGGCGGCUCAGGUGGCACUACGGAGACAACAAGCUACAGAGGUGUGUGUGGAUCUCUCUAAAGUCUUAUACAUUACUAUUAUAAGGUGUAUGUGUGUGUGUGUGUUUUCGAUUAUUCGAGAGGGUGUAAAACUCGUUAGAUUCACCAGCAUUUUUGGGGGUAACAAUGUUCCCAAAACUGUAGAUCUCGAAUUUUACAUUGUAAAAAGCAUUGUAAAAAGCAUUGUAAUUUAUUUUAUUUUUUUACCAGCCAAAUUUGACAUGUUCCUUAGUUUGUCUGUUUGGCAUUGAAAUGAUAUGGACUGAGAGAGAAUUAGCACAUUGAUCAAGUUUAGUUUUAGUUUAUAAAAUUUAUUUUAUUUAUUUUCACACAAAUCAAAGUAACCUGUGGGGAUGAUAAACUCAGAAUGGGCAAAAACAAGAAACCUUCCCAUCAUCUAAACCUUCCCAUCAUCUAAACUGUAAAUUCAAGUCCCUAAAAAUACAUAUUGGUAUCACUUAUCAAAUAUUUUCAAAUCCUUGAGACUGGUUUUAAAUAAUAAUACAUAAACACCAUAAUAUGGCCUCUGAAAUCAUGAUUCUCAUUAAUUUAUUUGUUCUGUAAUUUUAUCAGGAUAAAAAGGGAAUUUGUGGGAAGCAGAUUCCAGCGGAGAGAAGAGCUAUCUACCAGAGAAACAUCAGACCAUCAACCAUGCUGGCUAAGAGCAUUCUGGAAGGUAAGGAGGUUCUAUCCUAUCAUAUCCUAUCCUACCCUACCCUAUCCUAUCCUAUCCUAUCAUAUCCUACCCUACCCUACCCUAUCAUAUCCUAUCCUAUCCUAUCCUACCCUACCCUAUCAUAUCCUAUCCUAUCCUACCCUAUCCUACCCUAUCAUAUCCUACCCUACCCUACCCUACCCUAUCAUAUCCUACCCUACCCUACCCUAUCAUAUCCUAUCCUACCCUACCCUAUCAUAUCCUAUCCUACCCUACCCUACCCUAACCUAUUCUUAGGUAAGGCAGUUUGUCCUGUUUACUAGUACUGGUGUUACUGAAUAGCCUACUUAUCAUCUUGUCUUCACUAUCAUAAUGAUGUUGCUUCAUCUUUCUCUCAUCUUCUCUUCUCUUUAUUUCUUGUAGCGUUUCUUGGAUUUCUGUCCCUUUCUGUUUCAAUCAAACCUCUUCCGCAUUGCUCUGUGGACAGUUUAACUUCCGUAAGCACAGACCUGUUAUAACAUCUAUAUUUUAUUGCUUUCAGAUAAAACCUAGUGGGCACAAUAAAAUCGUAUAUAAAAAACAAAACAAUGUUUUAGUCUUAAGAGCAAAAUGAAUACUUACUAGUAUACUAGUGUACUUCAACCGAGCGCCGGACAUAUGAAAGGACAUCUGUUCAAUGUCUAAACUGUUGAUAAUAGAACUAACUCCAGAAUGGAACCUUGAUAUCAUUUCAUUCACUGCAAUUAAAACAUCUACUAUACUUUACUAGUUACUUCAUAACUGAACCAGAACAUCAAGUCUUGCCCAGAAUUAAAUAGAAUAGCAUAUUAUAUAGCAUUAUAUUAGUACUAUAUAGUAUUAUAUUAGUAAUAUAUAGUAUUAUAUAGUAUCUCUAUGUUGUCUAACCUUUGCCCCUGUCCUGUCUCCUCUCAGGGUACCGUCCGGUGCAGGGUGACCCGUACCUGGGGGCCAGCCCCCCCCUCCCGCCCCCCCUCAGCGACAGGAUGAGGAAGAGGAGAGCGUUUGCUGACAAAGAGCUGGAGAGUGUCAUGCUGGAGAGAGAGUACAAGGAGAGAGAGAUGCUAGAACCCCCUCAGGCUGCCACAGCCUCUCUGCUCUUCCCCAACAGUCUGGUCCGCCAUGCUGCAGAGUACAAGUCCUACAAGACAGCCCCGGAGGAGCCUCACCACUUCCUGUCGCCCAGCUGUGUGGACCUCUCCCUGCAGUACGCCGCCGGCCCCGGCAACAUGGAGCUCAUCUCUUCCAAUGUCUCCGUGGCGACCACCUACCGCCAGUACCCUCUGACCUCUCCGCGGGGGUUCAUGGUGUGGCCGCGUGGCCCCUCCCUCCUGUACCAGCAGUGCCUGCUCAAUGCCACGGCCGUCCAGAACAUGAAGCCAGGUGCAGCCUGGGAGCCCAGGAUGAUGGGCGCCGCUGCAGAGAGCCUGCCGCCCGACCACGACGCCAUGGCAACCACCACCACCACCUCGCCCGCCAAGCUGAAGGGUUCGAGGUUCGCAGCGGGCCUCCUCGAGGGUUCUGACCCCCAGCUGCAGGACGGCCCUGCACAGUCCCAGGCCCUUCUCACCCAGGGGGGGCACCACAAACGAUCAGCCUUCUCCCCCCCAAAGAGAAGCUUUGGACAGGCCUUCCCCCCUAGUACACCUCACCCCCAGCCUCACCCUAACCCCCCCAGCUAUGAACAUGUCCUGAACAAGCUGAGCAAGGGCAAUGCCAUGAAGCUCAACUCCUUCCACUCACUCAUCCAGCAGACACUGAGUGAGAAGGCUAGGGCUGAGGUAGGAGCUGGGGCUGGGGAGAGAGCUGGGACCGGGGCCGGGGUCGAGCUCCGGGGCCCCUACUGUAAAGAACUGCUGGAGGAAGCAGCCAGAAAGUACCGUGAAGGACCUUCUAAGGACUUCUACAGUUUCAAAGGCUCUGAUAGAUACAGCAAGGAGUUCCUGUCUAAGUCAGCCGGGGCCAAGAUCGUGUCCAGCGAGUCUCUGUCCUUCUCUGUCGAGGCCAUUCUGAAGAGACCGUCACCUGCUAUGAACAGAGCUUCACAGUAA